AUGGGCAUAAGAACCCUCUUCAAGAGCUUGCGUUCCUCUCAUGGAAAAGGGACGCCUACCUCACUAUCGCCGUCACCAUCAUCAUCACCAUUGACAGUACAGACCGACGAAAAAGAUAGCAUAUCAACUGCGCCCAGUAAUCAUGUACAAUUGGGUACUUGUAGUUCCGAUAUUAGAGUUGCUUCUGAUGACCACACGCCCCGGGACUUAUGGGAUGAGGCGUACGCGAUCCUCGGCAGAGAAGACUCAAAACUGAAGGAAAAAUACGAAGAGAUCUUGUUAUAUCAGGAGGGAGGAAAUGGCGAUUCAACCUGUAAUCAUCUAGCGCCUGCCGGGUCUUAUCAACGUGAGAAGCAGCUACGGGAAAUAGCAACGCGCAAGGUCGAAGAAGUCGAUCUAACACACUGGAAAGUCAAUAUUGGUGGCAAGUUCGUGGACGUCAGGGAUCAGUUUGACAAAGCUGUCAAGAUUGUGGUUGCAGCCAAGGAUUUCGUAGCCUCAGCUGUCAGUACUGAGCCACACGCCGCACUAGCGUGGGCUGGAGUGUCGGCUGCCUAUGAGGGCCUUGAGGCUAUACCCUUUGCGGUGCGCAGAUUGAGGGUUAUGGAGAGACUUAUCAGACAAGGAAACUCUGGGUUAACUCGGGAGACCUAUCAGCCUGAUAGUAUAGAGCUUGUCAAAGACUUUGAGGAUACAGCAGUGGGUCUUUAUAAGACUAUCCUCGAGUUCCAGAUCCGAUUUGUGCGACAGCAUUCCAACACUUGGGCUAAUCGUUACGGACGAGAUGUUCUCAAAGCUGAUGACUGGAUGAGCCUAACCAGUCGAAUCAAGACUCUUGAGGCAAAAUGCACGGAGCUCGCUCAAGAUUUGAGUCGUGAGCAGAUUGAGAAAGCUCUGCACGCCAGUGAGCACAACAUGCAACUCGGUCUGCAGGGAAUUCAACAAGAUUUGAAGAAAAUGACCAGUGACAUUGAGCAGCAGGCCAUUAUGCAAUCUACUUGGCGUCAGACCGACGAGGAGCGCAAGUGUGUACAGCUUUUUCGACAAUCGAAUCCGUACGAGAAUCAGAAAAACAGAACGUCAAAAAGGGUUUUGGAAACCGGGAAAUGGUUCCUGGAGAAUGACAAAUUUCUUGAUUGGCGAGAGAACGAAGGGCCUGAUCUUCUUUGGCUAUCUGCUAAGCCUGGCUCGGGUAAAUCCGUUUUAGCAAAGACAAUCAUUGAUGAGGGCCUGGCUACCUUGAGCCAUCAGAAGCAGUCUGCAGUCUGUUAUUUCUUCUUCAAAGACAUUUCACCUUACCAGAGAAAAGCUAUUAGCGCAAUUAGCGCAAUUUUGCAUCAACUUUUCUCGGCGUUGCCAUCCCUGGUCCAACAUGCUCUCAUGGCUUAUUAUUUGAAUGGAAAGGAGCUAUUACACUUAUUUGAUGAGAUGUUUGAUAUCCUCUGCAAAGCAGCUGCCGAUCCCGCUGUCGGACAAGUUGUGUGCAUACUAGAUGCCCUCGAUGAAUGCAAUGACGACGAUCGAUUCCUUUUAAUUGAAACAAUAACCAAAUUCUACCGCGAGGCUAAGGACGGUUCCAAGAUUAAUGGCCGGCCCAAGUUGAAGUUCCUUCUAACUAGCCGUCCUUAUUCCCAUAUUCACUCGCAAUUUCAUGACCUCAUGAAGGAAGCCCCUACAAUUCACUUAUCAGGAGAUCAUGAGUCCGCAAAGAUCAAGAAAGAGAUUGAUGUGGUCAUUGAUGCCAAAAUCCCAAAGCUUGCUGCUGAAAGGGGGUUUGACGAACAGGCAACAAAAUACCUGCUUAAGGAAUUACAUGCAGUGGACAAUAGGACAUAUCUGUGGCUAAGCCUGAUAAUGGAGGAGAUUCGCCUCAGUGAACGACCAGCCAAUAAACGAGAACUGAAAAAGAUCAUCUCAGCCUUGCCGCGAAGUUUGAUUGAUGCUUACGAUGCGAUCCUAAAGAGAUGCCGCCACCCAGACCUUGCAAGGCAGCUCCUGCAUAUCAUUCUAGCAGCUAGGGAGCCUUUGGCGGUUGAUGAUAUGAAAAUAGCCACUGCUCUUGCAAAUGAUUUUGAAUAUCACUCAUAUGAGGAAAUUGGAAUUGAAAGGUCAGACGCCUUUGAAAUGAGAAUUAAAAAUGUUUGUGGUCUUUUCGUGACCAUCAACAAUGGCUCCAUCUUUCUCAUUCACCAAACGGCCAAGGAAUUUCUGAUGAAGGAUGACGAUAUGGAUCAAACCAGUGAGACUUGGAAACACAGUUUCAGUCGGCUAGAUUCGGAAACAUUACUCGCAAAGAUAUGCAUCACUCUGCUUUCUUUCACUCAUUUUUCCAAAUUCCCACUCACCAUAAAUGAUGAUGGUGAUGAUGACGACAAUGACGAUGUUGAUGAACCUCACAAGAAAAUUUCUGAAUAUGUCAAGGAUAAUCCAUUCCUAGGGUAUGCCGCAAUGAAUUGGAUGAACCACUGUCGCGUUGCUGAACUAGAUAAUGAUCAACAAUGGAUGCCGUCGAUGUUGUCCCUCUGCAGCGCGAAUACACCGGCAUUCAGAACAUGGUAUACCAUACACCAACGCUCGGACGAGAAUCAUGCCCCUUUGACGACGACAAGUUUGAAUAUUGCUGCGCAAUUCGAUUUUCCGAAUGUUCUUGCCUCCCUUCUGGAACAUGGCGAAGACCCAAACAAGCCUGAUGGCCGGGGGCGACGCCCCUUGCGCGCGCUAGCCGUGGAGCUUCUCUUAAAAGCUAACGCAGACAUCAAUGCGUAUGAAUGGGAGGAACCGUGGUACGAUGAUGUUUCCGACGGAGGCGGAAGUAUUGAAGUCAAGCCAUUUUCGGGAACCCCUCUAGCGAUGGCUGCAGUUGGCGGUGAUCUCGAAAUGGUUAAAUAUCUGAUCGAACGUGGAGCCGAGAUAAACUUUCCCCCACAUAGUUCGCUAACACCGCUCUUCGCAGCAUUCGUGAUGUGCGUUUCAAAUCAAGCAGUCAGUGAAGAAGAUGAAGCUUCAUACAAAGAGAUACUCCAACUGUUGCUCCGCUCCGGGGCUGAUGUUUGUUUUGGUGUGAAGGAUGAAAGUUACCCGAUAGAGAUUUCUGUCCUCCAUUCUGCAGCUAGAACCAGAACCGACGACCUGUCAUUCUUACAGAUGCUUCUUGACUCGGAAACUGCAGAUGUCAAUUUCCAGCUCCAAAAAUCAUCAAAGUACGUUCGAAUGGAGAAUCAAGAUACUGCCGAAGACCGGUGGAGCAUCAAUGAGUCUGAAAGUUCAUCUCUUGAAAUCAGGUCAUCGAAGGCCAACACUACUUCAGCCAGUGGAAGAGACCCGAGUGGAUCUAGUGACGAUGAAGAUUCAAGAAAUAGUGAAAAUGAUGACAACACCUCCACCCCUGGCCAUCAGAGAUCCGACAAUGAUUCCCACAAUGAUUCCGACAAUGAUUCCGACAAUGAUUCGCGUGCUGGCUUCAGUGAUGCUGCCAGCCAGAGCGACUCCUCUGAUUCAUUUGACUCGUUGCUAAAUAGGCAGUACGUGUUCGGAGCCACCCCGUUACACUUUGCAGCGAGGAGUGGAUUGGUGGAAAAUGUCCAGCUUCUGCUCGAGCAUGGAGCCGAUCCGCACAUUAAAAAUGCCAAUGGCCACACAGCCAUGGAUUUCAUGAGAGCAGAAUUGAGGAAGGCGCUUCAAAAAAAUGGGUACAUUUUGUCGGAUGGCGGCGCGGCCUUACCCAAAGCUACUUCUGAUGAUGACUGA